GAAGACAGCCAGCAUUCUUCUGGGUGGAAACUUUCCCUGUGCCUGCACGAGACCUCCCGGUUGGAAUCUCUCUGGACCAAGCUGGCCACCAGCCAGUAUGUGGAUCACAAAGGGGCUGUGCAUGUGAGUGGUUCUUCAGGAGAGUCAGGAAGAGGAGGAGUUGGGGAGAUGUGAAUUGUGGGCUUCAAAUGCAGGCUGUUAUACCGACGGCAGCCUUUCUGGGACCUGUGGUCUAGAAGACAGGAGAAAGGAUGAGUGUUCCAGGAGAUCCAGCCCAGCCAGACUCUGAAAGCUGCAGAGGCACCACGAGUAGCAAGGAGGAUGCCAAGUGGCUUCAGUGGGUGACCCACCAGUUUGAGACCAUUGCAGGAGAAGACGGGGAGAUCGAUCUGCAGGACUUCAAAAAAGCCCUGAAUGUGAAAGAGUCCUUCUUUGCCGAGCGAUUCUUCACCCUGUUUGACUCUGAUGGAAGCGGCACCAUCACCCUCCAGGAGCUUCGCGAGGCGCUGACCCUGCUCAUCCAUGGCAACCCCAUGGACAAACUCAAAUUCCUCUUCCAGGUGUAUGACGUCGAUGGCAAUGGCUCCAUCGACCCAGAUGAGCUGCGCACGGUGCUGCAGUCGUGCCUGCGCGAGAGCGCCAUCUCGCUGCCCGAUGAGAAGCUGGACCAGCUGACGCUGGCACUCUUCGAGUCAGCCGACAAGGACUGCAGCGGCGCCAUCACCUUCGAAGAGCUCCGAGACGAGCUGCAGCGCUUUCCCGGGGUCAUGGAGAACCUGACCAUCAGCGCUGCCCACUGGCUGACAGCCCCGGCCGCCCGGCCGCGCCCGCGCCGUCCUCGCCCGCUGACCUCCGCCUACUGGCACAACCACCGCAGCCAGCUGCUCUGCCUGGCCGCCUACGUGGGCCUCCACGUGCUGCUCUUCGCGCUGGCGGCCAACGCGCACCGGGCCCUCGGCCCCAGCGUCAUGGUGGCCAAGGGCUGCGGCCAGUGCCUCAACUUCGACUGCAGCUUCAUCGCGGUGCUGAUGCUCAGGCGCUGCCUUACGUGGCUACGGGCCACGUGGCUGGCUCAGGUCCUGCCGCUGGACCAGAACAUCCAGUUCCACCAGCUAAUGGGCUACGUGGUGGUUGGGCUCUCCCUUGUGCACACUGUGGCCCACGUUGUGAACUUUGCGCUCCAGGCUCAGUCUGACACCAGCCCCUUCCGGUUCUGGGAACUGCUGCUCACCACGAGGCCUGGCAUUGGCUGGGUCCACGGCUUGGCUUCCCCGACCGGUGUGGCUCUCCUGCUGCUGCUGCUCCUCAUGUUCGCCUGCUCCAGCCCCUGCGUCCGCAGGAGUGGCUACUUCGAGGUGUUCUACUGGAGCCACCUGUCCUACCUUGCCAUGUGGCUCCUGCUCAUCCUGCACGGGCCCAACUUCUGGAAGUGGCUGCUGGUCCCUGGCAUCUUGUUCUUCCUGGAGAAGGCCUUCGGGCUGACAGUAUCCCGCAUGGCGGCCCUGAGCAUCGUGGAAGUCAACCUCCUCCCUUCCAAGGUCACUCAUCUCCUCAUCAAGAGGCCCCCUCUUUUCCACUACAGGCCUGGCGACUACUUGUAUCUGAACAUCCCCACCAUCGCGCGCUACGAGUGGCACCCCUUCACCAUCAGCAGUGCUCCCGAGCAGAAAGACACCAUCUGGCUACACAUCCGGUCCCAAGGCCAGUGGACAAACAGGCUGUAUGAGUUCUUCAAGGCAUCAGACCCGGUAGACUGUGGUCCCAAGAGGCUGUCGAGGAGUUUGACGAUGAGAAGGAGUCAGAGGAUGCCCCAGGGUUUGCAGCCCCAGCCCAUCCAGUCUGGGGCCUUGGCACAGGGAGCCAUGGCCUCCCACAAGGAUGUCACUGUGGAGCUGAUGUCCUACCUGCCCAAGGGAACUCCCAGGCAGGGCCACCAAGGCCUGGGGUGCAUGGGGACAGAGGACAGGACUCAGGCACAGCAGGAAGCUGCGGCCGAGCCCGGGGGCCUGGUCUCUGAAAUGUCCUCUGAGAACCACCAAUUCUGUAACAUCAAGUGCUACAUCGAUGGCCCCUACGGAACCUCCACCCGCAGGAUCUUUGCCUCGGAGCAUGCUGUGCUCAUCGGGGCGGGCAUCGGCAUCACGCCCUUCGCUUCCAUCCUGCAAAGCAUCAUACACAGGCAUCAGAAGAGAAAGCACAUUUGCCCCCGCUGCCAGCACUCCUGGAUGGACGGUGUCCAGGACGAGGACAUGAAGCUCCACAAGGUGGACUUCAUCUGGAUCAACCGAGACCAGCGGUCUUUCGAGUGGUUUGUGAGCCUGCUGACCAACCUGGAGAUGGAGCAGGCUGCGGAGACUCAAGAGGACUGCUUCUUGGAGCUGCAUAUGUACAUGACCUCUGCGCUGGGCAAGAAUGACAUGAAGGCCAUUGGCCUGCAGAUGGCCCUCGACCUCCUGGCCAAAAAGGAGAAGAAGGAUUCCAUCACAGGCCUCCAGACACGCACCCAGCCUGGGCGGCCUGACUGGAGCAAGGUGUUCCAGAAAGUGGCUGCCGAGAAGAAGGGCAAGGUGCAGGUCUUCUUCUGUGGCUCCCCGGCUCUGGCCAAGGUGCUCAAGGGCCACUGUGAGCAGUUCAGCUUCAGAUUCUUCCAAGAGAACUUCUAGCCGCACCCCGCCAAGCUCUGCCCAAGCCCACAUUGCAGGCCAGCUCAGUCGCAUUGCUUCCAGUGCCCCACAGGGACCAGCCUCAGAAGACCAGCUGAUCCUGCUCCACGCGGAACAGGAGGCCCCGGGGCCAGAUGGACUUUCUCCAGAAGCUAAGGAAGAGAGCCGUGCCUUGCGCAGCGCUCCUUUGCGUUCUGGGAUUGCUGUGGAACUGAUCAGGCUGGUGCCGGUUGUUUCCAGGGCAACCGCUCCUCCAAAAGUCCUCGGAGGGAACCUUCCCCUACAGCGGCGGUCACAGACCUGCCUGUUCAUUCCAGUCCUUCGGGAACUGCCCCCCACCAACAUUUUAUCAUGAAAAUUUUCAAACAUACAGAGAGGUAAAAGGAUUGUACAGUGAACAGUGUUACCCACUUUCUAGAUUCCUCAGUUAACAUUUUGCUAUAUUUGCUUUAUUGAGUAUAAUCCAUCUAUCCCUUCCUCCA